AUGGAUCUGUUGAUUUGCUGCAACAAACUCUCCACAUCUUCCUUGAUUCCACAGGAAGGGUCCCUUCCUUUUAGGUAUUUAGGGGUGCCACUCACUAGUAAGAAUCUUAAUGUGAACCAUUAUAUGCCUCUUGUGGAUAAGUUGCUGAGCAGGAUCAACCAUUGGAGUGCAAGACUACUGAGUUAUGCUGGAAGGCUGCAGCUCAUCAAGAGUGUGCUGAAUGCUAUCUCCUCCUACUGGAUGCAAUGUUUUAUUUUCCCUAAAACUGUUUUAAAGAGAAUAGAUGCAUUGUGCAGAACGUUUCUGUGGACAGGUAGCAGCACCACCAGCAGGAAAAGUCCAAUUGCAUGGGAGAGGAUUUGUAAACCAAAGAUAAAAGGAGACCUUGGUACUGUGGAUAUGGAGCUGUGGAAUCGUAUCUUUUUUCUUAAAUUGCUGUGGAAUAUCUAUGCUAAGACGGAAAGCCUUUGGGUGCAAUGGAUCCAUGCAUACUAUCUCAAGCAUGAUCAUGUGAUGGAUAGGGCAGUUAAAACUUCUGAUUCAGGGGUGUUCAAAGCCAUCCUAAAGCAAAGAAUUCUGGUGCAACAGUGGCAUAAUGAGUGGUUGACUAUGGUGCAAACACAUAAGUUUAAUGGGAGGAAAUUCUACAAUUUGUUGCAGAUGGAUUGCCCUAGUGUGGAGUGGUAUAAUCUGGUGUUCCACAACAAAGCUAGGCCUAGAGCGGUGUUCACGCUUUGGAUGCUUUGUCAUGGGAAAUUGCCUACACGCAUGAGACUGCAUCGUUGGGGUAUGCAUGAGCCUGGCAGUUGGACACAUGAGAUGAACUGGUUUUUGCUGCACUAUCGGGGUAAAGGGUGGAAAGCUGAUUUGAUACGUUUGGCCUUAGCGGAAACAGUGUACGAGGUAUGGCAGUACCGAAAUGAGAGAUGUUUUGGCCAUAGUGUAAAUAAUAGCGAUGUAGAGGGGAAAAUUAUCAAUGGUAUAGUUUAUAGAGGGUGGACUAGUCCUAAGCUUAAGCCACAUAUAGCUAACCUUUUAAUGCCUUAA